AUGAAAUGUGAGCCCGGGUGGCCGAGGACGCUGGAUCCGCUGCUCAGCCUGCCGCCAGACCGCCCCGGGGACAGACAAAGAGACCUCGGCCACCGCGCAGCCCCGCGCGGCCUCCCGGACUCCCCACGAAGGCUCCCAGCGCGAUGGCCGGGUCACCGCGCCACCCCGCGUUCCAGAGCGCUGCCCGCUCCAUCUGAUCGCCCCCCGGCGCCCGCAUCCCCUCCCGGUGCUGGGCUCGCCCUUGGCUCGCAGCCUUCUCUACAGACCGGUUCUGCUUGUCCUUCUGUCCUGGCGCGCCACCUCCGGCCACCGGCCUGGAUGGACGCGCGGAGGGUGCCAGGGUGUCCAGGGGUCUUGCUUCCGAAGUUGGUCCUGCUCUUUGUCUGCGCAGAGGAUUGCCUUGCUCACUGUGGCAAAGACUGCAAAUCUUACUGCUGUGAUGGAACCACGCCUUACUGUUGCUCCUACUAUGCCUAUAUUGGGAAUAUUCUUUC